AUGCCGAUUUCGUACUGCGUUGUCGCCAACAAGCACUGCGCGCUCGCCGAGUGCGAGUACCUCGCGGGCGGACCGCCACCAUCGGGCACCAAGAAGGUCAAGGAGAUCGCCGAGCAGCUCGCGAAGAAGCUCAACUUUGAGAAGCGCGAGCUCGAGAUGGACGCGAUCGACUGCGACGGCAAGACGUACAGCUACCUCGUCGACGACGAGAUCGCCUACAUUUGCGUCGCCGACGCGUCCGUGGGCAAGGCCGCGGUCACGGCCUUCCUCAAGCACAUCAAGGUCCAAUUCGAAGAGCAGUUUGGCAUCCGCGGCAAGAUGACCAAACUCAAGCUCGACAUGCAGCGCGACUUUGCGCCGAUGCUCAAGACCAACAUGGAGAUGAUGUCGUCCAAGGGUGGCAUGCAGAAGCUCGACGCGCUGCGAAAGGACCUCGACAACGUCAAAGAGUCGAUGCAGGCCAACAUUGGCAAGGUCCUCGAGCGCGGCGACAAGAUCGAGCUCCUCGUCGACAAGUCCGAGUCGCUCAACUCGUCGGCUGACGCGUUUGCCAAGUCGAGUCGGGAUCUGCGGCGCGCGCUCUGGCUGCAAAACGUCAAGAUGUAUGCCUGCGCCGCCCUCGUCGCCAUGGUGCUCUUGGUGCUCAUGGUGCUCUACUUCAAGAAGAAGAAUGGAUCGUCCGAGACAUCGACAGCGCUGUAA